AACCAGCAAUCUUUUUUCCCAUUCCUCGUAGAAAAAGAAAAGAAAUCUUGAAAAUACAAAUAUGGUGGUUUCAUCUAAACCAAUUCUUGAAAAAUUUUCUCACAUUAAAACAUGCAAACCCUAUACUUCUGAUGAUAAUAUUCCAGUGAUAGACAUGUUAGACCCUCAAGCUAAAUUCCAUAUUAUAAAAGCAUGUCAAGAAUUUGGAUUCUUUAAGGUUGUCAAUCAUGAUGUUCCUAAAGAAACAAUGACCAAAUUAGAAGGUGAUGCUUUUAAGUUCUUUAAUUUGCCGCAGUGUGAGAAGGACAAAGCUGGCCCUGCUAAUCCUUUUGGUUAUGGUAACAAAAGAAUUGGCUCAAAUGGUGAUGUUGGUUGGAUUGAAUAUCUUCUCUUUGCUACAAAUUCUGAACUCAUUUCAGAGAAAUCCGUUAAUAUUCCUGGAAACUCUCACCUUUCCUGGUCUGCUCUCAAUGAAUAUGUGUCAGCAGUGAGAAAUAUAGCAUGUCUUGUGUUGGAAAUGAUAGCAGAAGGAUUAAAAAUGGAGCCAAAGAAUGUGCUAAGUAAGCUGCUAAGGGAUCAAAAGAGUGACUCUUGCUUUAGGAUAAAUCACUAUCGACCAUGCACACAACUUGAAACAUUGAGUGGAGGUAGAAAUUUGAUUGGUUUUGGAGAGCAUACAGACCCACAAGUAAUAUCAGUUAUAAGAUCUAACAACACAACUGGUUUGCAAAUCUGCCUCAGAGAUGGGACAUGGGUCUCAGUACCACCUGAUCACUACUCCUUUUUCAUCAUUGUUGGUGAUUCCUUGCAGGUAAUGACUAAUGGGAGAUUUAGGAGUGUAAGGCACAGAGUGUUGGUGAACAGUUUGAAAUCAAGGUUAUCAAUGAUCUAUUUUGGUGGACCGCCUUUGAGUGAAAAAAUAGCACCUUUAUCUUGUUUAAUGGAGGAAGGAGAAGAAAGUUUGUACAAGGAAUUUACAUGGGGUGAAUACAAGAAAUCAGCCUACUUGACAAGGUUGGGUGAUAAUAGGCUAGGAUUGUUUGAGAAAAAAAUUAAAGUACGACAAUAUGGUCAUAAUUUGCUAAUUUAGGUAGGAUUUUGUCAUCCAAUAGACAGGUUUGGAAAGAUUUUGGCCU